GACAAUCCACCACGAGGCUUCCGUUGUUUGACGGAACGAACUACAUGUAUUGGAAGGAGCGGAUGAGGAUUUACAUCCAAUCCCCCCAACUUUCUCCUGUGGAGAAUCAUCAAGAAGGGCGAAGAUGUGCCUAUGAAGAAGGUCGGGGAAACCACCGUUCCUAUGACCGAGGAUGAGUAUGAUGCACAAGACAUCAAGAAGAUCGAGAACAGCGCAAAAGCCAUCAACAUCCUCUAUUGUGACGUGAACCUGGAUGACUACCAGAAUAUUUCUUGUUGUUCCACCGCCAAGGAAAUGUGGGACAAGCUAGAAAUCACCUAUGAAGGUGAACAAAAGAAGAAGGGGAUUGCACUCAAGGCUUCCUCGAGCAAGGAACUCGCCAUGGAGGAAUCAAGUGAUGAAGACAACGAGUUUGGGCUCGUUAUCAAGAAAUUCCACAAGUUAAUGCAAAAGGAGUAUGAAUGAAAGGGUAAGAAACAUGGAGGACCACCUAAAUGCUAUGGGUGUGGAGAAAUUGGGCAUAUCAAGCCAAAAUGCCCAAAUGCUAAAAAACAAGAAGGAGAAGAAACCGUUGAAGAAGCACCAAGCUUACAUCCUGUGGGGAGGUGAUUCCGGUGACGAAUCAUCGGAAGGCGAAGAAAACGAAAGUGGCAACCUUUGCCUCAUGGAACACGAGGAACCACCGGAAGAGGUAUGUACCACUUCUAAAUAUUCCUAUACUUUUGAUGAUGUACAAGAAGCCUUCAAUGAACUUUAUGAUGAAUA